AUGGUGAGAGGCAGACGAUCACCUGAAGUGCACGACCUUCGACCUAGUACGCGAGUUUCGUAUGCAGAUGAAUCCUGGGGCAACGAUCGCAUUGCUACACCACGAGGGAAUCCAAAGGCACCCAGACGCUCCUAUUUUCGACCGUUGCGUGAAACCAACUUUGCACAUUACAAUGGCAACGAGACGUCGUCAGUUGUCGAUGAGGCCAAGACCAAGGUGCAGGAAGCUUACAACCAGGCACGUGAACUCAAAGCACAGCUCCACAGCAUGACGCUUGAACGUGAUGAGUUACAAAAGAAGCAUGAUGAGUUGGUGGAGAGCCAUCAAAAGCAGAUCCAAACGCUUGUCGACCGUAUUGCAGAAAAGGAAGCAUUGGCUUAUGAUAAAACACAUGCGAAUGAUGAUCGCACCUAUCUGGAGGAACAGCUUCGAGCAUCUCAAGACAAGGUGAAGGAAUUGGAGCAGCAAUUGGAGCAACAGCAAAGCAAGAGUCGUGAGCAGGAUAAUGAGCUACAUGAAAUGUAUGAUCAGCUUGCGAGUGAGCAUGAACGUAUGGGAAAGGAGUUGAUUGAGGUGCGCACUCAGCUGGAAGAAUCCACCAUGGAAAAUGAGAGGUUGCAGAAUCAAACGCGUACUCAAGAAUCCGACUACAAUCGAUCCUAUCAUGAGAUGAAAUCCCUUCGCGACAAACUCGACGAGCUUUCCAAUGAGAACGAUGCAUUGACUAUCGAGAGUAAUACGCGUCAGGCUGAGAUCGAUAAGCUACGUGCACGUACUUCAGAAUUGGAACAUGAUGCAAAGAUGGCGGAGGACAAGAUACAAGAUUUGGAGUCUGAAUUGGAUAUCAGUAACAAGCAAUUGCAGCGAGUGAGGAAUGAGCUAGAGCGUAGCCAAUCAACAGCAGAACGUGCCAAGGAAUACGAGGCGACCAUUGAUGACUUGAAUUUCCAGCUACAGCUCAAGGAGAAGGAAGUGACACGUGUACGUGAUGAGCUUCAACGUGAUCAUACGACAAACGAAAGGGAGUUGCUUGAGCUCAAGGCUGAAUAUGAUCGUCUUCAAUCCAAGUUACAAGAGAACAAGGAUGCUGAAGAGAGGAUACGAGACUUGGAAUAUGAUCUUGAUACAAGCAACAAGCAAUUGCAACGAGUGAGGAAUGAGCUGGAGCGUAGUCAAACAGCUGCACGACGUGCCAGAGAAAAUGAAGCGACUAUUGACGACUUGAAUCAUCAGCUGAAGCUCAAGGAUAAAGAGAUGAUGCGUAUACGUGAUGAACUUCGACGUGAUCAGACGACGAGCGAGAAGGAAUUACAAGAACUCAAGGUUGAAUAUGGUCGACUUCAGUCCAAGUUACAAGAUAUGAAGGAUGCCGAAGAGAGGAUACGAGAUUUGGAAUAUGACCUUGAUGCGUGCAACAAGCAAUUGGAACGAGCACGAAGUGAAUUGGCACACAAUCAGACGGCUACACGACGUGUGAGAGAACAUGAAGAGACGAUUGAGGAUUUGAAUUAUCAGUUGGAGCUCAAGGAAAAGGAGGUAGCUCGUGUGCGCGGUGAAUAUGAGCGUGCUCAGGCAACAAUUCGACAAGCCAAAGAGAAGGAUGAACUUAUCAGCAAUCUGCAUGCAGCCAAAACCAGCUUAUCACGUGAACUUGCCGACACAGCAUCACAUCUCACUCAAAUGGCCAAUGCAGCUGCACGUAGGGAAGAGGAGCUUGAAGAAGCGGAUCUUGCACGUACCAAAGAAUUGGCAUCAGCCAAACAAAAGGUUGUUCAACUGACCCAUGAGCUUGAGGAUAUGCACACCAAGUUACGUGAUUAUGAGGAACAAAUUCGCAAGCUGGAGGAAUUAUCCAUGACAUUGGAAGAUGCAACAUCACAUAUUGAGAAAUUGCAGCACAUCAUUCAAGAGCAAAAGGCACAGUUACAACAAGCACAAGAGGAAGCAAUGUCAGCUGAUUUGGAAAAGAAACGUGUUUCUCGACGAUGUGAUCAACUCGAAGAGGCGAUGCAUGGGAUGGAGGAGGAGCUCAAUGUGGCAAGGAAUGAAAUCAGUGAUAUGCAAGGGCAGUUGCAGGAAGCACGAGAAGCACGAUCGAUGGAUGAGAAACGUAUUGCACGCAUUACACAAUUGGAGGAUACAGUGGAAGCCAUCCUCAAAGAUUUGUCACGGACACGAGAAGAGUUUUCUACUGCGGUCGAUGCAAGAUAUGAGUUGCAGCAACAAGUAUUGAAUUACAAGUCCAAGAUCAAGGAUCUCGAAGGACAAGGUGAAAAUGCCACAUAUCAAUUGGAGUUGAGCAGGAAAAAGUUACGUGCCAAGGACGAGGAGAUCAAGAAUUGGCUUGUUCAGCUCAAAGAGACCGAGGUGGCCUUAAGGGAAGAACGCAGCCAAGUCGCACGAUUGAGGCAUGUCAUAGGAGAUCUGAUGAAAUACAGCGAGGAAGCUCUUCAUUCAACGUAA